AAAAACAAAAAACAUAAAGUUAAAACUCCAAUUGUGCAAAAUUACCAUGAAAACACAAAACUUGUGCCUCUUCUCACUCUCUUUGAAUCUACGUCUCUUUCUAUCCAACUUUAAUGGCGAUUACGAAACCCUCUAAUUUUAUAUAUAAUUACAGAAUUUCCAUUGUUGUCUUCUUUCUCUCUCUUCUGCGAGUUUUUUUCGCGCUCCUUUACGUUCUUUCUUCUUCAACUCAACCCAACUUUUACUGUUUACUUCUUUAGUCUUUUCAUUCUUUUUUAGUCAAAUUUGGUUGAUUUUUCCCAGUUAUUCAGUGUACAGGAGGAUUUGCAGUUAGCGUCUGGAUUACCUCUCAGGGGCGGUUUUCCGGUCAAGGUAGCCGGCUCUAGAGUGGUAACAAGGUUUUUGUAGUGACGACUUCCAAUAUGACUUCCUCAAAUAAGGGUGAUAGGAAAGCUGCUCUCGAUAUGGGGGCAUGGUUGUUCAAUAUCGUCACUUCGGUGGGGAUCAUCAUUGUUAACAAGGCUUUAAUGGCAAACUAUGGUUUUACUUUUGCUACAACAUUGACUGGUCUCCAUUUUGCAACAACCACUCUUAUGACUUUUACUCUCCGUUGGCUGGGAUUUAUCCAGCCAACAAAGUUGCCAUUCUCGGAAAUACUGAAGUUUGUUAUCUUUGCAAACUUCUCCAUUGUUGGAAUGAACGUGAGUCUGAUGUGGAAUUCUGUGGGAUUUUAUCAGAUUGCAAAACUGAGUAUGAUUCCAGUAUCCUGUCUUCUUGAAGUGGUAUUUGACAGCGUGCGAUACUCCAGGGAUACAAAGCUCAGCAUUGUACUAGUCCUGCUGGGGGUUGCAGUCUGCACCGUCACAGACUUAAGCGUGAAUGCCAAGGGUUUCAUUUCUGCUCUGGUGGCUGUAUGGAGUACUGCUCUUCAACAAUAUUAUGUACAUCAUCUACAACGCAAGUAUUCUAUUGGUUCUUUCAAUCUAUUGGGCCGUACUGCUCCGGUGCAGGCUGCUUCACUGCUACUUGUCGGGCCGUUUGUCGACUAUUGGCUGACAGGCCUAAGAGUUGAUGCUUAUGCAUACACUUCAGUGUCUUUGUUCUUCAUAAUUCUCUCCUGCACCAUAGCAAUAGGCACCAACCUCAGCCAGUUCAUCUGCAUUGGUAGAUUUUCAGCCGUGACCUUCCAAGUGCUCGGCCACAUGAAGACUAUUUUUGUGUUGGUCAUGGGAUUCGCUUUCUUCGGAAAAGAUGGUCUCAACUGGCAUGUUGUUUUGGGUAUGAUUAUUGCCAUCUUUGGAAUGAUGUGGUAUGGCAAUGCUUCAUCCAAGCCUGGAGGCAAAGAGCGCUGGUCUCCUCCGGUCUCUGAUGCCGAGUCACAAGAUCUUGACAAGUUGUUAGGGGCCAAAUCUGAUGAGCCAAGUGAGAAGGUAUAGAUUUAUACAGAGAUUAAGGAAACAAAUAAAUGUGGUACACUUGAGAAAAUAGCUGAUGAAAAACAAUUCUUUGAGAAUUUCCCAUCUAUUUGAAUAGUAUUAUUUUUUUGUUAUAGUCAACUUAUUUUGUUCGUUAUACUGUAGACUAUAGAGUGAACACCAAGAUAUAUAGCAUGAAUACCUCCAUUAUUUUGUCUA